AUGAGCUCCAUAUAUAUGAUUGUAUCUAAACCAUUUUUGUCAUGUAUCUUUGGUUUUAUCAUUCUUGGAUGUCAAGAUUUGGUGAACGAUCCCCACCUAACUCUAGUAAAUUAUGGUAAGAAAUAUGGAGAUGUAUUUACAAUGAAGAUUGGCAGUCAGCCUGUGAUUGUACUCAACUCCAUAGAUGUUAUUAAAGAAGCAUUAGUCAAGAAACAGAAUGAUUUUGCUGGGAGACCAUAUUUUUAUUCAUUGUCAAGUCUGAUGUCAGAAAAGAGUCAAAACAUUGUAUUUGGUGACUUCACUGCUAAGUGGAAACUCCAGCGAAAAAUAGGUCAUCAAGCCAUUAGAAAUUAUGCUAGCGGCGAAAAGCUAGAAUCUCUUAUACGAUGUGAAGCCUUUCCUACUUUCCAGAGAGCUGUCUCCCAAAACAAUGGAAAACCAUUCCUUCCGAAACCACUACUUUUCCUACUUGUGGGUAAUAUCAUAGCUUCCAUGUGUUUUGGAAAAAGUACAACGGUGAUUAGUAUGGUCUUGUCUCAUUUCCUAGCGGGAUUAGAUACCACAAUCAACACAUUAAAUUGGUUCGUUGCUUACCUAACGUAUUACCCUGACGUGCAGUCUAAGGUACAGAGAGAAAUCGAUGACGUUAUUGGUGAUGGUCGUCUGCCGCUGUUAUCUGAUAAAGGCAAACUACCAUAUUGUGAAGCCGUUAUAUACGAGGUCAUGCGAAUAAGAACAGUUGUACCGCUUGCCAUACCUCAUACUACUACUGUGGAUACGUCUGUGGGUUUACAAGAUGAGGAUCUUUGUCUGUUCGCAACCUCUAUUUCUCAAUCUACAGUUCCCACUCCAGAUGGUGCCAGAAUUGAUGUUCUUUCACUAACCAAUAAUCAAUGUCUUUCUAUGUUCAUAUUUGAGAAAGAUGAACUCUUUCGUUUGAAGUCUGCUCUGAAAAUUCCGCAUAAAAGACUGUGGCAACUGGAGUGGAAGCUUUAUGCGUCCUACUGA